AUGUCCAAAGACGAUGUGUUUCAAGUGAUCAGUCUCAUCUCCAAGACAACAAAUGCCCCACUGAUCCUUCAUCUGCCAUUGAAUACCACCAAGAAUCAUUUGCAGUCCAUUUUGAACGAUCAUUUCAACACCCGCAAAUUUUACAAGUUCUAUUCGGAAAAGUCUUUCAACGAGUUAAGAGAUGUACACAAGGAUGAGAGCAGGCUGGAGAUCUUUUACGAGGAGGUUAGUGUGUUUAGCGUGGAUGAUGAUGUACUGAGAGCAAGAGAUGGUUAUCUGCUCUGCAGGAAUGGCUUUUACCGUGGGUUUAACAAAAUAUCGGACCUGCAGAAAAGAGAUUUUUCAGUGGAUGGGAAUCGAGUAGCAUUCUUGGCAGGGCUAGACUGCAUUGAGGUGUAUGACAUGGACAAGCGCUUAGAUCCGCACCGCGAUAGCGCCACUAAAAACCGUGCUGAUGAUCAGCAUGCACCGUCAGAAAGUGCCGCUGGGCUAGCCGGUAACAAGGACUUUGCUUUAGAUCGUACGUAUAAAUUUAGCGAGGCUAUCGCAGCAUUUCUGCUGCGGAACAACAUCAUGCUCGUUGCCUGCACCGAUGGAAGUGUACACGUGAUCGACAGCCAAAAGCAUCUGUUGGCACGUCUUGCAGCCGCAGUAGCAAACGUGGAGUACCACGAUGCCAUCUUUCAUUUAAUUUCCAGGAAUGGCACGUAUUUGCGCUACCAAUACGAUGAAAACGACGUACAAGCAAAUUUAACGACAAUUUACCACGACAGACCGGUCACAGCCUUUGCUGCUGCUCCCUUGUUCGUGGUGGCCACGACAAAUAAGCUGCUUGUAGGAGAUGAUGAGAUUCAGCUCGGCAUUCGCUACGUAAAAGAUGUAAAGACGUACUUAGACAGGAUUUACGUGUGUGGGCAGCACCGUUUGAUUGUGCUUGAGCAGCUGAAAGUGGUGAAUAGCUUUCAAUACGAAAACGAAAUAGUGGGUGUUACCAUGGUUGGUGGAAAGGUGUACCUCAUAGAGGGAAACCGUGUGCAUGAGCUGUGA